AUUCAGAUUUACAUUUCAGAUUGAUUCCUUCAUUUUAUCACACUAAAUCAGAAAUGAACAACGCCAUAAACUCUGGGGAAAAAUUAAAUAAAUAAAUAUAUAUAGAAAAGUCCGAUAUUUUUUCUUCUUCAUUUCGCGUUACAACAAAAACAAAAAAGGAGUUCUUUAUAACCUUCAAAAUUGUUUCAUCUAAGUGGUUUUUAAUUGUUUCGCUUUUAUAUUUUCAAUAUUUUCUUUUCUUUUUGGACAAAAUUUACUUUUCAAGAAGAGAAAAACGAAACCUAGUUCGGACAAAGAAGUCAGAACAGCAGGCGAGAACAUUUAAAUACAAAAGUACGCGAAACGAGAGAGAGAUAUUAUAUAUAUAUAUAUAUGGAACAUUUACCAAUCGGACAAUCAAUAAAUAUCAAACGUUCGGACGGACGCAUACACCAGGUGAUUGUUACAUCCAAGAAUAUUGAACACGAUUCCAUAACAACCGAAUGGACUGAGGGUAAUAAUAUAAGAGGCAAAGAGAUAUCCAUGAAUGUUGUAUUGGCCCUUAACGAGGGUUUGCUUAAGAAUUUAACUACCGAAAUGCCCCCAACUACUGGCGGCAAAAUGAUGGGAGGCGGUAACGGCGAAACUGCCUUGGGUAAGGAUACCGAUACAUAUCGCAAGUCAUUGCUUCAUAAUAAUACUCCCUAUGGAGGAGGACGUCUACGUGGACCGGGCAAUAAACUACCUCCGCGUCGCAAUAGUCUAGCAGCGAGGAAGACUCAGUCGUUGAUUGUCACACGUCCAGGUGGAGGGGGUCUCUUACGUGGUGCGGCACGUAUAGCGGAGAAUAACACAAAGCAAUCAAAGACUGGCAAUCUGCGCUGCUCCAGUGUGGUGCGUGAAGUGGAACGCAUGAAGGAAGAACGUGAACGACGACGUCAAUUGCAGGCCGAACAGCGUCAGGAGAAGAGUGCCCUGAUGAGCAGAGAUCCGGGUAAUCCCAACUGGGAGGUUGCCAUGAUGGUACGUCAAUAUCGUGAUACACUCGCCUUCAAGCCGCUGCGUAGCCUAAGUCCGCGUGGAGCCCGGGUGCAACAGAUCACAGUCUGUGUGCGCAAACGUCCGAUGAGUCGCUCGGAGCUAACCAAUAGGAACGUAGAUGUCAUUUCGGUGCCCAGUCCGGACUCGUUGGUGGUGCAUGAAUUGCGCAACAAGGUGGACCUCACCAAGUUCCUAGAACAUCAUAAAUUCCGUUUCGAUUACACAUUCGAUGAACAGUGUUCCAAUAAGUUGGUCUAUGAUCACACAGCUCGUCCUUUGAUACGUACAAUGUUUGAGGGUGGCAACGCCACGUGCUUUGCCUAUGGACAGACGGGCAGUGGCAAGACGCACACCAUGGGUGGUGAAUUUUUGGGUAAGGUUCAAGAUUGCAGCACUGGAAUCUAUGCCAUGGCCGCCAAGGAUGUGUUCAUUGAGAUGGCCAAACCGGAAUAUCGCAAAAUGAAUACCGAGAUAACUUGCAGUUUCUUUGAGAUUUAUGGCACCAAGGUUUACGAUCUACUUCAUCCGGAUAAGCCGAUGCUGCGUGUACUUGAGGAUGGCAAUCAGCAGGUGGUAGUUGUUGGCCUUACCGAAAUGGCCGUCACCAAGGUGGAUGAUGUCCUAGAGCUAAUAGAGUUGGGCAAUAAAGAGCGCACUUCGGGCAAGACUUCCGCCAAUGCCAAGUCAUCGCGUUCACAUGCUGUCUUUCAGAUAGGUCUCUACAAGGGAGACUCCAUUCAUGGCAAGUGCUCGUUUGUGGAUCUGGCUGGCAAUGAACGUGGAGCAGAUACCAAGACAGCGAAUCGUCAAACCCGUAUCGAGGGAGCGGAAAUCAACAAGUCACUUUUGGCUCUCAAGGAAUGCAUUCGCGCAUUAAGUCGUGGUUCUGGUCACUUGCCGUUCCGUGGAUCAAAGCUCACUCAAGUUCUCCGCGAUUCCUUUGUGGGUGGAAAACGUAAUAAGACCUGUAUGAUUGCCAUGAUAGCCCCCGGACUGACCUCCGUGGAACACACUCUCAACACCCUACGCUACGCAGAUCGUGUUAAAGAACUAAUAGCCAAGGAUGAGGAAACCGUUAGAGUGCCCAUGGGCGAGGAGUCAAAUGAUGUAUACGAAGAGUACGAUGUGGAAAUGGAUGACUUGCAAAUGGAUGAGAACGGAGAUAGUCCAAGAUCAAAUUUCUCUGAAGGCGAAGUCGAUGAGAAUAACCCAGCGGAUGAUGGUAGCAAUUCCAUUGCCACAGAUGAUGAAGCCUUGCAUUCCGAUCUGAGUACCAGCGGUGAUGAAAAUAUCGAAAUGAAUCCCGAUUUCAGCAAUGUGCUAUCGAACAAUCGUCCACCGAUUAAACUCUCUCAGGUGAUGGUACAACAUCGUGUGCUUAAUGAAUAUCUGGAGAAUUUCGUGCGAAACUUUAAGGAUUUGGAGACUCCCUCAAAUCAGCAUAAUCCCCAGUUAAAUAAUUAUCUGGAGAAUGCCGAUCCAACAUUCCAUGAGCUCAUCACUUUGGUUACCUAUACCCGAGACAUGAUCUUGAAUUUUAAUUCUCAGAGGAUUUUAUCGAAUACGGAGAAAAAUAAUCAUGCCGCCUAGAAAGAUAAAUAGAACUUUUUCCCCAUCUGCUUUAUAUACAUACAUAUAUUUAUUUUCUAUAUAUUAGUUUCGUAAGAGCCUCUCAGACGAUGAGCUCACAGCAAAUUUGAAAAUUCGAUAAAUGCA